AUGGAACACACCAACUUCAAGUGGACAUGCCCACUGCAAAUCGGCGUGUUCCAGAGCCGGGCGUCACCGCAGCGGUCGCGGCUGAAGCGGAGCAAGAAGGGCAAGAAGGACAAGGACGCGGGCUCGGGCGCCGACAGCGAGGGCGAGGGCAAGCGCAAGGGCAGCUUCAUGGACAACAAGGACACCAAGGACGGCGGCAAGAAGGGCAAGAAGGGCAACAAGGGCAAGAAGGACAAGAAGGGCAACAAGGGCAAGAAGGGCGCCAAGGACGAUGACAGCAGUCUCGCCCUCUCCAAGCGCGACGCCACGCAGACCUCGUUCGCCGAUCUCAUCGCGUGGACGCUCGGCGAGAAGGACAUCAGCCAUAGAGGCGGACAAAAGGUGGACAGUUGA